AUGGACUCAGAAACUUCACCGUUUGAGACUAGUGAGGUGCUGGCCACUUUCUUAGCUUCCACACCAUUGCUAUCCGAGUCAUGGAGGUUAUGCAAUCUUGCCAAUGCAAAUUCGCCUCAGAGUUUUGUAGCACAACAGGUUGGAAGUAUUGGGUAUGUGGCCUUUUCUGGCAUCCAAUUGGUAUCAGGGUCAGACCCCAGUUUCAAGAAUUUGGUGCCGUUGCCAGUUUGUGAUGCUGCUGGCAAUAGCCUUUUUGAUCUGUUACAUCGCCAAAAUGAAGGGGAAGACCCUGUCUUGGUGCAAGGUGCCUUGCUGAGAAUUUUUGAGAAUAUGUAUAGCAACCCAAGUUUUCGAAACCAGAUGUGUACAUUAAUGCAGGCAAGCAAGUCAAUCAUCUUCACAGGACACUCCAUAGGGGGAACAACUGCCUCUCUUGCUGCUCUCUGGCUGCUCUCUUACCUUCAAUCCAAUUUUGCAAACCUCUCAGUACUAUGCAUCACCUUUGGCUCUCCAUUGCUAGGCAAUGAGACCCUUUCUCGUGCGAUUCUUCGUGAAAGAUGGGGUGGCAAAUUUUGCCAUGUUGUAUCAAAGUAUGACAUCAUGCCAAGGAUGCUCUUUGCUCCGCUAGAUCCCAUUGCUCCCCACAUAAAACCCCUGUUACAAUUUUGGCACUUGUAUAUGAACUCUCCACAUUUUGGAUUGCUUGCUGUACAAUUAAAUGAUGAAAGCAAGGCUGAAAUUUUCCAACAUGUAUUAGUUCAAUUGGGAAGGUUAGUAGAAAAUGGGGAAGAGGCAGUGACAGGAAUGUUUAGGCCAUUUGGGAACUAUUUUUUCUGUUCUGAAGAGGGAGCCAUAUGUGUGGACAAUGCAGCAUCUGUUAUUAAAAUGAUGCAUUUGUUGUUCGCAAUGGGGUCGCCUGACUGUAGCAUUGAGGAUCAUAUCAAGUAUGGUGAUUAUGUAGCGAAAAUUUCCUCACAGUUUUUGGAGAAGAAAAGUUUCAUGCAAGGAGAGCUUCCUGAAUCAAGCUAUGAAGCAGGUGUUGCAUUGGCAUUGCAGUCCUCAGGAAUAUCUAGCCAGGAACCAGUCGCAAAGCCAGCCAAAGAUUGCCUCAAGGCAGCAAGGCGAAUGGGGCGUACACCAAACUUAAACUGUGCCAAUCUGGCAAUUAAAUUGUCCAAAAUCAAUCCUUAUAGGGCAGAAAUAGAAUGGUAUAAAGCAUUGUGCGACCGUUCUGAUGAUCAGCUGGGUUACUAUGACACAUUUAAACAAAGGGAAGCCUCGAAAAGGGACUCUAGAAUUAACUUGAACCGGCACAAGCUAGCUCGGUUUUGGGAUAAUGUAAUCAACUUGAUCGAAAGCAAUCGACUCCCUCAUGAUUUUCACAGACGUGGAAAAUGGGUCAAUGCUUCCCAGUUCUAUAUGCUGCUUGUUGAGCCUUUGGAUAUUGCUGAGUAUUAUCGAACACGCAUGCAUAGCAGGAAGGGGCAUUACAUUGACAAUGGAAGAGAGAGGAGGUACCAGAUUUUCGAUAGAUGGUGGCAUGAGAGAAAUGUUGAAGCGGGAAAGAAUAAACGGAGCAAGUUUGCAAGUUUGACUCAGGACACAUGCUUCUGGGCAAAAGUGGAGGAAGCUAGGGAGUCGUUAGAUGCUGUUAGUAGUACUAGAGAUCCAAGUCAUUUGGCUUUGCUUUGGCGGAAGAUAGAUAGUUUUGCAAGCUAUGCGAAAGAGUUGGUUGAAAGUAAGCAGGUGUCUAUAGAUGUGGUGGCAAAGAACUCAAGCUAUUCUUUGUGGGUGAAAGACUAUGAUGAACUGAAGUCACAAAUGAUGCAAUUCCGUCCCCAGUUUUCAAGUUUUAUCAAUGGGGAAAUAGUCCCCUAG